CGCGGAGGCGGGGCGCGCGGCGUCUCCUCAGCCCGGCGGUCGGUGCGAGGCAGCCAGGCGGGCAGGCAGCUCCGGCCUUGCCGAGGCGGCUUCGACGGGGCGGCGGCGGCAGCAGGAGGAGGAGCGCGAGGCAGGCGAGCGGGCGGGGGUCCUGCCGCGCCAGCCCCACCGAGGCUGAGCUGAGGCGGCGGCGGCGGCUCUGGAUGGGGCCGCGGCCGUCGGGGGCUGCCGCGCGUCCGCGUCGCCAGGGGCGGCUCCCGCGCGCGAGCCUUCCUCCUCCUCCUCCUCGUGGGGGCUCUUCCCGCGGCUGAGCGGCGCAUGGGCGGCGGCCGCGCCUGAGGCGGGCGUCGGGGCGUCGGGCCUUCCUCCCGCCGGCCUCAAUGCAGCAGCAGCAGCAGCAGCAGCCUGACUCAGCGGCGGCGGCGGCGGCGGCGCGGGAGAGGAAGAAGAUGGCGCAGCCCGCGAUGCUGCCUCGCCGCGCCGGCAGCGGCGCCGGCUUGGAGGACUUCCCGGCCGCCCUGCUGGGCCAGUCGCCGCCGCCUUCCCCGGCGGCCGCCGCCGCCGCUUCCUCCUCGGCGGCGGUUCCCUGCCCGGCCGGGCCGCCGCCGCCUCCCGCCAGCCUGUCGCUGCUCCCGCAGCCCCCCCCGUCUGGGCCGAGCGGGGGCCCGGCGGGCGCCCAGUUGAAGAAGAAGAGCGGCUUCCAGAUCACCAGCGUGACCCCGGCGCAGAUCUCGGCCAGCCUCAGCUCCAACAACAGCAUCGCCGAGGACACGGAGAGUUACGACGACCUGGACGAGUCGCACACCGAGGACUUCUCCUCCUCCGAGAUCCUGGACGUCUCGCUCUCCCGGGCCACCGACCUGGGCGAGCCCCAGCGCAGCUCCUCCGAGGAGACCCUCAACAACUUCCACGAGGCCGACAGCCCCGGCGCCGUCUCCCCCAACCAGCCUCGCCCGGGGCCACCGCCGCAGCAGCAGCAGCCCCGAGGCCUGGCCAACGGCGGCGGGGCCCACCCUCUCCAAGGACCCCACUACGCCCAUGGGCACCCCCAGGCCUCCGGGGGGCCCCCGUCGGGGGUUUCGGGGGGCUCUCCGUCCAGCCCGUCCUUCCGGAGGCUGCCCGUCGCGGGAAGCGUGGAGAGCGCCAGGCCUGGGCCUGCCGUGGGUAGCCUGGCCGGGCCCACCGUGGCCCCCUUUCCCCAGACGGGGGCUGGUGCUUCCGCGGGGGGAGCCGGCCCAGCGCGGCAGGUGAGCAAAACCCUCCGCAACCUUGCCCCUACCGGCAACGGCAUGGUCUUGCCCGGAGGGAGCCACCCUGGUAACGUGGCGCUCUCCGGCGGGGUUGGCAACGGCACCGGGCCCUCCUCAAACGCUGCCGGGAGCACCGGUCCUACGGCGGCGGGGCCCACAGCCGUGGGUCAUCAGCAGCCCGCCGGCAGCACGUCCCGCUUCCGCGUGGUGAAGUUAGAUUCGAGUCUGGAGCCGUUUAAGAAAGGCCGAUGGACAUGUACGGAGUUCUACGACAAGGAGAAUCCCGGGCCGGUGGCUGAAUGCCCCGCCGCGGCUAAAACGGUGGACGCGCUCCUAGACGUGGCCUCCGAAAGGGAAAGCACCAGCGGGAGCUCCGUCAGCAGCACCCUGAGCCACUACACCGAGAGCGUGGGCAGUGGAGAGAUGGGGGCGCCUUCUGGGACGCAGCAACUAGGGUUCCCCGGCGGGCCUCAGCAGAUGGAGUUCGGCAGCGCCGGGGUGCCCCCGGGGCCAACGCCGGGGCUCCCCCAGAGCAUGUCUCAGUGCCAGCUUUCCCAGGUCCAGCCGCAUCCUCAAGAGGUCAGCUACCCUCCGCAGAAGCAAGGGGUUCCCCCUCCAGCCUCGGCCGUUCCUCCUCCACUGACCGUCCUUGGUGGCCACCAACCAACUCUGGCCUCUCAACAGCUGCCGUUCAGCCCAUCGCCGGCUCAGCCGGCCCCAGUCGCUCCACAACCCCAACCGCUACCUUUUGGGCAAGGACAGGCCCAGCAUCCCACCACCCUCCCACCCCUGUCUAUGCAGAUGGCUCCGGGGCACGUGAAGCCCGUGACCCAAACUCCGGUGCCCGAGUACAUCCAGGCGCCGCAGAUGCUUCCUGCUUCGGCUUCUUCUCUGCAGCCUGGGACGGCGAUGGUCGGAAGCGGCUCGGCCGUGCCCAUCACUCAGCCUCCCAAUAUGCCGCUUCCGGUCCAGGCGCACAUCCCGGGGGUACCUCCUCAGCCAGCGGCGCAGGCCCAGCCCACCAUCCCUGCCGUGGGCGCUCCUGCUCCCCUGAUGAACGUUGGACCACCCGGAAGUGUCGCUCCCGUGGCCCAGCGGCCACCGGUUGCAAAUCAGAUGGCUUCUUCGGUGAUGGCCCCCGGCGCUGGUGGUCCUGCGCCCUCCCAAGCAACUGCCCCGGUUCCUGCAGGGGUUGUUCACUCGGGGUCCCAAGCUGCUCCAUCAGGCCUUCCACAGUCUUUGGGCAUCCCACCGCCCAGUAACCUGAUACCCAUGAAAGCAGCCGAUCCUCUGGUUCCAGGAAUGGCCCAGCUGCCUGCUGUCAGUCCAGUCCCUCCUGUGCCCGGCCACUCGGCUGCGAGCGUGCCUCUGGCUCCUUCCAAGACCCUCGCCCAGCAAAAUGGGAACCUGGUCCAAAAUGUCUCUCAGCCUGCCUUGAUUUCCACGAGCAUCCAUUUGUCCGGAGCCCCCAACCCUUCCCAGUUCUCCGCGCAGUCCUUCGCGCAGUCCAUGGCCAGCCGAACUGACGAGGCCAGGCGCUCCGUGGAAUCCACCCUGGUUGGCUUAACUCAACCUUCUGAAAGCAUCCUUGGCGCCACCUCGGCUUUGGCAGACGGGAGCAUGGUCUCUCUCUUCCCCUUGAAGGUUCUUCCGCUGGCCUCCCUGGAUGGUGAGGAAGACAGCUCCUCCGGGGCCAGCGUGGUCGCCAUCGACAACAAAAUCGAGCAAGCCAUGGAUCUGGUGAAGAGCCACCUGAUGUAUGCCGUGCGCGAGGAAGUCGAGGUGCUGAAAGAGCAGAUCAAAGAACUCAUUGAGAAGAACAACCAGCUGGAACAGGAGAACAACUUGUUGAAAACCUUGGCCAGUCCAGAACAGCUGGCUCAGUUCCAGGCACAAUUACCAGCCAGUCCUUCUCCGGCGGCGUCUUCGCAAACGCAAGGGACGAAUCUACAGCCUUCCCAGGCGGCACCUCCAAGCUCCGGACCCUCGGCGUAGUAGUCCAGCACCAGACCUCAGAUUUCGGCACUCUGGACUCUCCACUGAGGCUGGACUGCAGGAAUGCAGCAGUCUCUGCAUGCUGAUCCCCCAACUUACCCCCGUUAUGAAGACUCUUCUGCAGUAUUAAGCUGUUCAGGGCCAGCAGCAGGAGAGGGUUGAAAUGUUUCUUUUAGGUUAUUAUUAUUAUUUUUUUUUUAAAAAAAAUUGGGGGUGGGAGGGUUGGGGUCUUGCCACCGUUCAGGGAAUUAGCACAAAUGCACUGGGCGUCUUCUGCAGCGGCUGCUUAAAAAAAAAAACAAAAAACGUACGAGUUUUCGUGUGCCUGAAGCUUAUUUUUUUUUUCCCCCUCUUAACAAUCUUCCUUCCGUGUAGUGCUGUGAUGAAUGCAAGCGCUUUUGGGCCUGGAAAUGUGAAGGCAUUGGCUGGGGUAGCGGGGAUGAAGCCCCCUUCUCUAGCUCUCUAUCCAGAAGCCAAAGGAAUAAGACAGGGGAAGAAAUAUGGGGAAACUGAGGGACAGUAAAAGGGGGAUGGGGCGUUUGGUGCCUGCAGUCUUAAAAAAACAAACAAAAAAAAGCAGAUGUGCACUCAUAAGGAUGGUGCAAAAAAAAAAAAAAUCGCCUAUUUUCUAGGAGAGGAACCGGUAAGUUAAAAAAAAAAUAAAAAUGCUGUGACAUGGGAUGGUCGGAUGAAGGUUUGUUCGCUUAAUGUAUAUUUGUGUAUUUAGUGUAUAAUUACUUUGUAAAAUAGGAACUGUAACUAGUCCAUUCAGCUGUACAGAGUGAAUUUAAAAGAAUGAACUGAACCAGUUUGAAGAAGCGAUUUUUUUUUUUGGCUUUGUUUUUUUUUUUUAAAAAAAGAAAAAAGUUUUAUUUUUUUGUUUUAUUUUUGGGACACUACAUGGAUUCAAUUUUGCACCUCUACGAGCUCUCCGGAAAUCAGCUGGUGCUGUUUUAUGUCGGUUCUAAAAGUUGCCUUGGAAAAUGAAUAUAUUGACGUCAAACGCUGUCCUUUGCUGUUCCAGUGGAUGCGGGAAGCCGGGGGGGGGGCGUGGGGGGGCAGGGAUGAAUUCACCAAAGCAAAAUCUUAAUUUAAUUCCUCACAUUUUGGAUGGGGCAUACGAUCUGUGUAAUAGGAUGCAUAUGUUCUUGUGCAUGUUCUAGGUGAUUCAUUGGGAGGAAAAUGGUAAAAGUACCAGUAUAUUUAACGAUUGCACUUGUCAACUUCUAAUAAAGCAUACCAUGUUGAUAUAGAAA